CGAGCGGAUCUCGGGCUCCGGCUGCGGGUCUGCCUUCGAGUGCGGGAACGUCCGGGCGCGAAGCCCGAAAGCAGAGCCCAGGCCGUCCCGCGCGGCGCCAUGAAAGGCAAGGAGGAGAAGGAGGGCGGCGCGCGGCUGGGCGCUGGCGGCGGGAGCCCCGAGAAGAGCCCGAGCGCGCAAGAGCUCAAGGAGCAGGGCAACCGGCUUUUCGUGGGUCGCAAGUACCCAGAGGCGGCGGCCUGCUACGGGCGCGCCAUCACCCGGAACCCGCUGGUGGCAGUGUACUACACCAACCGGGCACUCUGCUAUCUGAAGAUGCAGCAGCAUGAGCAGGCCCUAGCCGACUGCCGGCGUGCCCUGGAGCUGGACGGCCAGUCUGUAAAGGCGCACUUUUUUCUGGGGCAGUGCCAGCUUGAGAUGGAGAGCUAUGACGAGGCCAUUGCCAACCUGCAGCGAGCAUACAACCUGGCCAAGGAGCAGCGGCUCAAUUUUGGUGAUGACAUCCCCAGUGCAUUGCGCAUUGCCAAGAAGAAGAGGUGGAAUAGCAUCGAGGAGAGACGGAUCCACCAGGAGAGUGAGCUGCAUGCUUACCUCACAAGGCUCAUCCUGGCUGAGCGGGAGAGGGAGCUGGAAGUGUGUCAGCGGAAUCUUGAAGGUGAUAAGGAUGAUAGCCAUGUCCGGGCUCAGCAAGCCUGCAUUGAGGCCAAGCACGACAAAUACUUAGCCGACAUGGAUGAGCUUUUCUCACAGGUGGAUGAGAAGAGAAAGAAGCGAGACAUCCCUGACUACCUGUGCGGUAAAAUCAGCUUUGAAUUGAUGCGGGAACCGUGUAUCACACCCAGCGGUAUCACUUAUGACCGCAAGGACAUCGAAGAGCACCUGCAGCGUGUGGGUCACUUUGACCCCGUGACGAGGAGCCCACUUACCCAGGAACAGCUCAUCCCCAACCUGGCCAUGAAGGAGGUCAUUGAUGCAUUCAUCUCUGAGAAUGGCUGGGUGGAGGACUACUGA